GUUUUUGCAUUUUGCAAAGCUCAACUGCUCAUGUUCGGUGUUGUGUCUGUUUUGUGUUUUGGCAGUUCAAUUGACAAAUAAUAUUGAUAAUCUGAUUAUCUGUGACGAAUAAUCUAAAAACUGGACUUAAAAAUCUAGUUUUGUGAGUUCUUACAACUACUUUGCCAUUUGUGAUUUUCCUUAAUUGUACUUGCCUAUUCCUUUUUGGUUUGGAGUACAGUAGAUUUGAAAUCCAAUUUUGUAUAAAAAUCCAUUGUUCAUAUAACUCCAGGGAUUUCAUAAAUUCUUUGGUAGGGUGGCGAUGAUGAAGUGUCAUUGAAGUCACUGCAAUCAGUUGCCCGCAAUGGCUUGUCGAAAAGUUCUGUAUGAAGACUCUGAUGGCGGUAAACUGGAAACAAUAGAUGUGUAUCUGAGAGUGAAGCCUUCAAAAUGUGAGGAUCAGGCUAAAUUGUGGAAAAUCUCGGAUGAUAGAUACGUUACAAUUUCAUGUCCAGCUAGUUCUCGUGCAUUGAAGAGGAAAAUUGGAAAACAUGAAGAAAAUAGGUUCCAGUUCACGCACAUAUUUGGACCCGACGUCCAGCAACAACAGCUGUUUGAGAAAUGCAUUGAAACUCCACUCGUCGAUUUCAUCGGCGGUCACAAUUCACUCGUAUUCAGCUAUGGAACUUCCAGCUGCGGAAAGACCUACACUAUUCAAGGUACCAAAAAUAAUCCAGGCAUCAUUCCGCGAGUGCUACACCUGCUUUUCAACACCCUGAACGGACACCUGACUGAUAAGCCCGAGUACAUGCCCUACAUGAAUGGGGUCAUUGACAUCUGCGAUCAGAGCCGCAAACAGCUCGACGAACUCAAGCGCACUUUGACCGAAGAGCAUUGUGAUGAGAUCGAUAUGAUGUUGACGGAUGUACCAGAAAUGGAGCGCGCCUUCCGUCAGAUGGAAGCACAGCUGGACAGCGAGAUGCGCCUGGUGGAUGCGCAGUGUGCCGGCCGCCAGUACUCGCUGUGGAUCAGCUUCAUGGAGAUCUACAACGAGGCACUGUAUGACCUGCUGGUGCCCCCCCGCCCCCCGCAGCACACCCGCAAGCAGCUGAAGCUGGCUGAAGACACGGCCACCAAGACAUACUAUGUCAAGGAUGUCAGCUAUGUCGACGUCUCCACCCCGGCCGACGCUUACAAGGUGCUCAUGUUCGGCAAAAAGAACCUGCAGAUGGCCUCCACCGGCCAAAACAAGCAUUCCAGUCGCAGCCAUUGCAUUUUCACACUCUCGCUGGUACAUCAUGACAAGGAGGUGAACGUGAGUCGCCUGUCGAUCUGCGACCUGGCUGGCGUGGAGCGGCAGAAGAACACGCAAAACAUGGGCGACAGGUUGAAGGAGUCUCAGCACAUCAACUGCUCGCUGCACGUGUUGCGUCGCUGCUUCGAUCGCAUGCGCGACAACCAGAGUCGCGCCGAAAAACUCGUCGUGCCCUACCGAGAGUCCAAACUCACCAAACUGUUCCAAAAGCCGCUCAGCGGUGAGGGCAAGGUCAUCAUGCUCGUCAACGUCAACCUGGAGUCCAACUUCGAGGAACUGUUGGCCGUCCUCAAAGCAUCCGCCAUCGCCCGCAAAGUGAUCAUCUCCGAAACAGGCGUGACGUCUACACCUGCGAUAAGGAAGCGCCCUCGAUCUCAGCUGUUCACUGCGUCGCUAGCGGAGCACAACCGAACCAACUCCGUCAUCAACUGCGAUCUCUUGGAAGAGCAAAACGAACCCACCUUCCUUGCUAUGGCAACCAUCGACGAUGAAGAGGAGGCCACCCCCAUGAAGAAGCUGAAAGUCAUACCCCCCUCCUCCAGUUCAUCCAAACCUCAUUCCAGUAGAACAACCAGAACUAAUGCUUCCGAGAGUGCUAACCUCCGAAAAGAAGUGGAAACUCUCAAAGCAUCAAUUGAAAUCUACAAAGAAAAGCACGAGAAAAUGUCGACCGAAAUUGCCGAACUGAAAUCGUACAAAAUGAGAGAGAUGGAGGAGGCUAAACACAACAGUGAGGUGAAGAAGCUGCUGGAAGACAUGAAUGUGAUGAAAAAGACCAUGCAGAAGAAUAUCGACGACAAGGUCGCUGUUCUGCGCGAAGCCUUCACAGAGAUCCAGUACUACGAGAAGGAUAUCGUCGAUUUGUCGAAGAGGAACGAGAAAUUGGAACAAGAGUUGGUGAAGAAGGACACCAAACUGGAUGAACUAAGCAAGCAGAUGAGUGUGAACGACACGGUGAUGACUGCCAAUAUUGACAAGAACGAGGAGCUGGAGGCUAUGGUUGACAAACUGCAAGAGGAAAUGGAACAGCUGCAGCAGACGGCUGAGCGCAAGGACAGCCAGCUCAACCAACAAACUCAACAGCUGCACCAGCUCGCAGCUCAACUCGACAGUCUCAACAAAUCGCACAACGAUAGGCUACUUGAGAACUUUCAAUUGAAAAGGGAUCUGGAAAAGGCACAAGAAAGAGAGGAAAAGCUGAACGCAGAGUACAAGAAGGCUAUUGAUCAAGUGGAGAGUUUAAGGAAAGAGGUUGUGAGGAUGAAUGAAGACUCUAAACUCAAAGUGGAUAGAGAAAAUGAAAACAUGCAAUUAAUAAGUGAUCUGAAAAAGGCACGUGAGAGAGAAGUAAAUCUGAACGCAGACUACAAAAAGACGAUGGAUCAAGUGGAGAGUUUGAAGGCUGAGCUUGAAACCAACAAUUUGCGGAUGAAUGAAAACGCCAUACGCGAAGUUGAUAGAUUGCAAGAGAUCAGACUUUUGGAAAGUGAUCUUCAUCAGGCGUGCGAAAGAGAAAAAGAGCUGAACGUAGACUACAGAGUGGCGAUUGCUGGAGUGGAGAGAUUGAGGGCAGAAGUUUAUGACUACAAUCAGAGAAACAAGGCUUUGGUGGCGGUGAUCGAUAUGCUAGAAAAGAGAAUCGACGAUAACGUGAAGAACUACCAAUCGACGCUUGCCUCCAAAGACGAAGAAAUAAAGUCGAUUUCUAGUUUACUGGAUGCUAAAACUCGUACCAACGAAGAGCUGAAAUCAGCGUCAGAAGAACUGCAGCGGCGCUAUGCAGCUCUACUGAAGAAGUUGGAUGAGGAUCUGCGCACCAAGGAUGAGCAGUUGGCCGAAAUGAAGCGUCAGCUGGACGUAUGCAUGCUGGAGAAGGACCUGCUGGAGAAAGAGUGCGAACACUCGACCAUCUACACCAGAGAGGUCGAACUCGACAAGACCACGCAGUACUGGGGCAAAGUCGAGGAAAUCGAGGAGCUCAAUAGACAGAAGAGGGCGCUCGAAACCUCGUUCGAGGAGCUGGCGAGGAGUUUGGAAGAAGAAACGUCGCACACGUCCUUGCUACUCAACCAGAUCGAAAAUGAAAAGCUAAAGGUGAGUGAACUGCAAUCGUUCGUUGUCAAAAUGAGGAGGAGGAAUAUACGCCUCAAAAGACUACUGGAUAAGACUAGAGGCGAGACCAACGCCAGGGAAUUGUACCUGGUGCGUCAGCUCGAAAAGAAAAAAGAGGAGUUGAGAGAAGAAAAAGAUAAAGUUGAUAGUUUCAAGACGGCCAAUGAGGACCUCAAAUUGGGAUUGAUUAAAUGUGAAGAAAAGUUUAUCGAGUACGAGAAAAAAAUAGAAACUCUUCUAGAAAACAACGAAAAGACUAGUAACACAACUAGCUCGCUAACUUACUAUAAGAAUGAAAUCAAACAUCUCAAAUAUGAGCUUUCGAAAUGUGAAGAGAAGUAUUUGAAAGUUAAAACUUCUCUUGAUAGCACCGUUGACAAAAUUUCAGCAGUCCGAGAAACAAUUGAAGAAGAAUCUAGAAGAGAAAGAGCAAGAAAUCAGUAUUCUCAAGCAGUACCAUGUCGGGGAAAUAGAAACACUCAAGAGAGAAGUAAAACGGUUGAAAAAGAUGGACGAGGAUAAAGCUAUGAUUGAAGCUCAUUCGUCGAAAGAGCAGAACAGUGAAGAUUUCAAGAAGCGUCUGGCCGAAUAUCAAAAGGAAGUCGUUCAAUUUUCUAAGGAAACCGAUAAGUUCGAAGAAAAAGUUAUGUUGCAUGAAAUGCUGAAGGAGAGCAUUGACAAGAAAGAGGCACAAUUGAAGGAGGCCACCGAAUGUCUCAGUCAAAAUUUGCAAGAAAAUAAAAUUCUCAAGGAUGAAAUUGCCGAGUUGAGAGAGAAGCUCGAUCAGUAUGUGGCUGAUAUGAAGGUUGAUUUAGGCAAGGACGAGAAGAUCAUAGAGCUGACUAAACUUGUCAUCCAAUACAGGAAUGAAAUUUCACAGUUGGAAACUCAGCGCUCCUAGAUCAAACGAAAGGAUACGUCGAAUUCGUCUCUAGUCGAAAACUUCAACAUAGAACUGAAAAGGCAA